AGUCAGCAACAUCUAUGCUGAAAACAAUGCAUAUUCCUACGCGAAUCUGACAUUGAUCGAGGAAUUAUUAACGUUUUUAUUUGGGUUUAACCUUAUGAAAUGCUAACGAUAACAAUAACAUAACAGUUCGGUGGGUCAGCAACUCAAUGUUUGAUGACCCAUCGUAGUUAGUUGUAUGCAUCUAAUUUCGGUUAUUAGCUUUAGCUAGUUUCCUUGUUAACGUCAAUUGGUCAGUGGCUGAUUAAAAUGACUUUUUCACGGGAGAUCAGACAUUUACAGAAGGCCAAAAACAAAGCGCAGAGUAACAACAAUUUGAAGGAAGAGGCCAGUCUCUGCAAUCAGCUUGGAGAAUUACUGGCCAGAAAUGGAGAUUACAAAACUGCUAUUGAGGAACACAGACGGGAGCUGGCCCUCUCUGAGGCUCUGGAAGACGUUAUUGGCUCAGCAGUGGCCAAUCGAAAGAUUGGAGAAUGUUUUGCUGAAAUGGGAAACACUGAUUUGGCUCUGAAGCAUCAAAGGCGGCACCUAAAACUGGCAUGCUCUGUCAAUGAUGCAGCAGAGGAACAGAGAGCCCUGGCUACCAUUGGCCGGACCUACCUCUUCCGUUAUGAAUCGGACCAGUCACAGGACAGUUUACGCCAAGCGGAAGAGGCAUUCAGGAAGAGCCUGACUAUUGUAGACGAUCGCCUGGAAGGUGUGUUGCCAGCACGGGAGCUGAGUGAAAUGAAGGCGCGCCUCUUUCUCAACCUGGGCUGCGUUUACGACUCCCUGAAGGAUCCGCAGCGCUGCAGCGAGUACAUUCGGCGCAGCGUCUUCAUCGCAGAGAAGAACAAUUUCUUGGAAGAUCUGCAGAGAGCAAACUCCUUGAUGGGAAGGCUCCAUUUCCGCAAUGGCCAGCACUCCCGUGCCAUGCGCUGUUUCGAGCAGGCCAAGGAAUGUGCCCGCAAGAUGAAGGACAAGUUUGGAGAGAGCGAGUGUUUUGGCAGUAUUGCGGAGAUCCAACUCUCUUUAGGGGACUUUGUGGCUGCCCGGCGCUCCCUGAAAAAGGCCUUCACCUUGGGGUCACAGCAAGCUGCUGAUCGGGAAGCUGUGAAGAAGGCUCUAAAACAGGCCAUUCGAGGUGUCCACCUGGAGGAGGCCGUGGCUGAGCUGAAGGAGGGGCUGACCCAUGAGGCCAUGGGGCUGGCUGAACAGCUGGGGGAUUUGUACUCCAAGCUGGGUUGCUACAGCAAAGCACUGGACUCCUACCUCACGCAGCUUUCCUGUGGUAAGACUCUGGGUAAAUCUCCUCGGGAGCUGGCGGUGAUUCACGUCUCUCUGGCUAUUACCUACACGGAUCUGCGGCAGCACCAAAAGGCCAUCGAGCACUACAGGCAGGAGCUGGCGCUGAGACAAGGCAACCCUACAGAGGAGUGUAAGACAUGGUUGAACAUAGCGGGGUGUCAGGAGGAGGCUGCGGCGACUGUGGACGAGCUGGACAGCAGCUACGCAUCUGCUCUGCGCUGUGCGGAGAGAGAAGGCUCGUCUUUGGCAUCACUGCAGAAACGCGUGCUGCGCCAGUGGCUAGCUGUCCAGCAACGGUUCGGCUCGCAGCACUCCAGUGAGACGCGGCGCAGGCUGGGCGAUCUCUGCGCCGCCACCGGACUCAACCCUGACGCCAGCGACGGAGAGGAGGAAGAGGAGGAGGCCGAGGAGAACAGCGAGCCUCUGGAGGACAGUGACAUCCAGUUCUCAGACUCUGACGACGACCAGGAGGAAUAUGACAAAAUGCUGUCAGGGCGGAGGAAGCUCGGCCGGUGGAACCGGCGGAACGAGAAGGGGGAGACGUGUCUGCACAGGGCCUGCAUUGACGGGAAUCUCCGACAGGUGCAGCUCUUGCUAGAGCAGGGGCACCCUGUCAGUCCCAGAGACUACUGCGGAUGGACUCCUCUUCACGAGGCUGCCAACCAUGGCUAUGAAGAGAUCGUGGCCGUGCUGCUGGAGCGUGGCGCCAACAUCAACGACCCCGGCGGCCCCAUGUGUGAAGGGGUCACCCCGCUGCACGACGCCCUGAGCUGCGGCCACUUCCCCGUGGCCCGUCUGCUGGUGGAGAGGGGCGCCUCCGUGAACAUGCGCAACGCCAAGGGGGACACUGCGCUGGACAGCCUUCGUCAGUGGUUUAAGACGUACAGUCGGGAGCUGGACUCUGACGCCAGGCAGGAGUGUGCUGCUACUGAGAAACUGCUGAGGAGAGCCAAGGCAGGAGGAGUUUCGACUGUUCCGGUCACUCCCAGGCCCCAGGCUCCUCUGCUGGACAGUCAGCUGUUUGACGCUGAGAACUCUGAGCCGCUCAUGUCAUCCCAGCGGUCCCCGCCCCGGCCCGUCAUCUCUCAGGAGAGCCCCGCCGCCCCGCGCAGCACCCAGCGGAGACCACCGGCCAGCACUGGCCGCCGCCACCGAGGGACGGAGGAUGCCAUCCUGUUCGGGUUGGAGAGCAGCUGCUCGGAUCAGAGCGACUCCGAUGACCCCAUCAGCCCCCUGCGGCCCGUCCGGCCCAGACUACGUUUCCCAGCAGCCCCGUCGGCCCCAGACCCCCCUCCUCCUCAACAGGAGGCUGUGUCGGCACACAUGUCCAGGGAGCCGACGGCAAUGUCCACGUCCACGUCCACAUCUAUGUCCACUGCCCCGUCUAGGACAGAGGAGUACCGGCAGGCCAUGAAGAGCCUGGGCAGCGCCACCACCCGCCUCUUCUCCCAGAGCCUGUCCGAGCCGGCGUUCAGCAGCACGCCGGCCUGCAGCCGCACCGCCCUGGUGCCCGAGGACGAGUACCUGGCCGACGACUGGCUGGAGGACGACCUGGGCGAGAUGCAGCCCAAGAAGAAGAGGAAGAUGGCGUCUGAGCCGGAGGCCAGGAGAGAGAACGGCGAGCCUCUAAGCCGUCCUCCGGCCUUGGCCUCGCACUCGGCCUCUUACUCAGCCUUCGCCUCGGCUUCGUCGGAGUCAUCCUCAUCCAGGGUACGCACCUCCUCCAGUAAGGGCCUCUCUCUGAAGAAGGGCCAGGCCAAGGCGAGGCAGGUGAAGAUGACCCAGCUCUCCGGCAUGGUGAUGCUGGGCCGCAGAGAGGUCAGCAGGUCACCCAGCCCCACCAUCGCCCAGGACGACGACCCCGUGCAGUUCACAGCUAUGCACCAGCACAGUGUGCCUGUGCGGACCCCAGCCGUGGCCCCAGCCUCGAUGCCUGCACCUAUCAGGAUGAGGGUCAGAGUUCAGGACAACGUCUUUCUCAUUCCAGUUCCACACAGCACGGCCGACUCCUGCACCGUGUCCUGGCUGUGCGAGCAGGCGGCCCAACGCUACUACCAGACCUGUGGCCUCCUGCCACGCCUCUCGCUGCAGAAAGAGGGCGCUCUGCUCGCACCACAGGAUCCCCUCCUGGCUGUCCUGCACACCAAUGAGGAGGUCGUUGCCAAGGUGUGCUCCUGGGACUUGCCCCCUCUGCCAGAGCGUUACCAGAAGGCCUGUCGCAGCCUGGCUGUGGACGAGAGUGUGCGUGUGUUGCGUCUGUGCGAGGCGCAGGACGGCAGCUCCUCGGUGAGUGUGUGCGGACUCAGCCUGGCGUCCGCGGCCCUGGCCCCUCUGCUGCGCGCCCUCAAACUGCAGGACAGUCUGACGGAACUGCGGCUCUCCGCCAAUCGCCUCGGCGACGGCCUCCUCCCUGAGCUGGUGGCUGCCGUGGCCACCAUGCCCAGGCUCCGCCUACUGGAUGUGUCGUCCAAUCUGAUCACCGGAGAAGGGCUCAAGAAGGCCGCUGAUUCGCUGGAUGGGAAGAGUCAGCCCACAUUCCCAUGCCUGGAGGAGCUGAACCUGAGUAUGAACCCGCUGGGUGAUGGACACACCCAGGCUCUGGCCUGCCUGCUGUCAGCCUGCCCCCUGCUGGCCACUCUGUCCCUGCAGGGCUGCGGCCUCACCGCACGCUUCCUGCAGCAACACCGCCUCCUGCUGGCCAGCGCCCUGACCGGCACUGGGCACCUGAGGACUUUGACGCUAUCCCAUAACUCCCUGGGCUCCACGGGCUUUGAGCUGGUGCUGAAGACGCUGCCCCUCCACCUCCUCUCCCAUCUCCACCUGACCGCUGUGUGCCGGGGCCCGACUGACCAGCCAGCUCUGGAGCUCCUGGCCACACAUCUCGCUCAGAAUGACUGCUCACUUACCCACCUCAGUCUGGCCAGCAAUGGACUGUCUGACCACAGUGUUGCCUCCCUGGCCAGAUGCUUGCCUGUCUGCCCCUCCCUGGUGUCCUUGGACUUGUCGGCCAACCCAGACGUGACGUCCGCUGGCCUUCACAGCCUUCUGAUGGCUCUGCGGGAGGCCCGGCGGCCCCUGGUCCAGCUCAACCUCCAGGGGUGUCAGGUUGCUGGUCCCUGGAAUACUAUACGCUUGGAUGACCUGGCCGAAUACGUCCAGGACUUGUCUCUUUGCUCCCAGAGGCUCAACAAGUUGGACCAGCAGGCCUUGCAGCAGAGCUGGCAUCUGCAGGGGAGCGGGCGAACGCUUCUCCGUCAGUCCAAGUGCAUGAUGACCGGACCCAUAUGAACACCACCAACACCACAAGCAGCAAAACAAAACCUUCCGGAGCUUUCCUAAAAGUUUCCAGGUUGGAACUAACCCUUCCACUUUUAUUACUGUAUAAAUGUAAAGUAUUCCUCUUGUGUAAUGUUUAAUUAGACACACUAUUUCACGUCAUUGUGUUUUUGGAUAUGUUGUAUUUAAGUGAUUUUCAAUGUUUAAGAAGAAACGCUAUUAAACUUUAUCAUAAGUGUCA